CCACAUUGCUCAAAAAUGCAACAACAGUUAAAAGAAUUUGGGUUAGGUGCUACAGCUGCCAGUGGCGCUUGCCUGUUCACAAAUCCUCUCGAAGUUGCCAAAACACGGAUGCAACUUCAAGGAGAACUGAAGGCGCGGGGAACGUACGCGGUCCAUUACAAGAAUGCUUUCCACGCGUUUUACACGAUCGGUCGAUACGACGGCCUCAGAUCGUUGCAGAGCGGACUUGUUCCUGCUCUAGUUUACCAAGCUGUGAUGAACGGCUGCCGGCUCGGUUCUUAUCAGGUCUUUACAAACUUAAAACUGACUGCCGGCAGCGAAGGUGAAAUUGUGUUUUGGCGUUGCCUAGUUGCCGGUGGCAUUUCGGGGGCUACAGGAGCUUUUUUAGCGAGUCCGGCAUACAUGGUAAAGACACAACUGCAAUCUCAAGCUACAGACACAAUAGCAGUUGGAUUUCAGCAUAGACACACUGGCUUUCUCCAAGCAAUAUCUGGUAUUUACCAGCAGUUUGGCAUUAAAGGACUUUGGCGAGGGGUCAGUGGUGCUCUUGCCCGUGUAAUGGUUGGAUCUGCGGUUCAGUUAUCAACUUUUUCAACCACCAAGGAAAGAAUUUUGCAAACAAAUUUCUUUCCAGCAAGGAGCUGGCUUAUCCCAGCUUCUGCCAGCAUGAUAAGCAGUAUUGCAGUGGUUACAUUUAUGACACCUUUUGAUGUGGUAAGUACACGCCUUUACAACCAAGGCACCAGUGCAAGUGGUAAGGGACUGUUAUAUAAUGGAUUUGCAGACUGCUUCAUCAAAGUAUUCAAACAAGAAGGUAUUUUAGGGUUAUAUAAGGGUUUUGGACCACAUUAUUUCAGAAUUGGUCCACACACAAUCUUGAGUUUACUCUUCUGGGAUCAACUAAGAGUAUUGUCUGCCUCAUAUGGUUUUUAAAGAAGCCAUUAUGUCUGGUGUGGAUAAUUUUAGUAUUUCAUUGGUUAUUGCUCUUUAUAAGCUAAAUUAUAUACGCAUUUUGGUUCUUACGCAUAAUCUAUUGGAGGACAGACGCAUGGAUGAUGUCACUAUUAACAACAUUUUACUAUUUGUCAUAUGAAACAAAUAGAUUCCACAUUGCUGUGGCUCUGGAUAGUAAAAGAUAACAGAACACAUCAAAAUAUUGUCAGAGCAUCAACCAUUUUGUUUUUUCAUUCAACACAUUUUGAUGUCAUCUGUGAUAUAUUUACAGAUACUAAAAAGCAUAAUAUAUUUGUUAAAC